AUGACAUGGUGCAGUUGUCCUUGCAAGAAAAACAUCGAAUAUUACAACAUCUGUAUGAAGUCAGCCCAAAACAGCAACAACGCAUGUGGACUCCAUCUAACCGAAUAUGAUACGUGUAUGAGAGAAAGAUUAACGCAUUUGGAAUCUAAAGUUGAAUACAUCGAGAGCUCUCUAAACAGAACAAUUCAUCAUGUCUCUUUUCUGGCCGCCCCUACAAGACAUAUGAAACCCGUAAGAGGGACACUCAUUUUUGACAACGUUCUCAACAAUAAGGGAGGAGCAUAUAACGGCAAGACUGGUAUCUUUACCGCCCCCGUAAGCGGAUCAUACUUCUUUAUGGUCACCAUUGGCCUUCCAGCUCCUUCCACCUCUAAAGGCUCGGACUACGUAAGGAUACAUAUCAUGAAGAACGGAAAAAUGUCCUCGUACUUGUUUAUCGGAACUGAAGGCUUGUGGAUCAAAAGAUCAGAAAACACGCUACUGGAGCUUUCGCAAGGGGACAAAAUUAAUUUGUUCAUAAAAACCACUGGAAAUGGGUUUCCUUACAUUGCUGGAAAGGAUCACUAUCCUGGUUCAACUUAUCACUCGCACUUCUCUGGAUUUCUUAUCAAUUGA